UAGGAGUUGAUCCAGAAUUGUCUUUCUGGAAGGGAAGCACUCGAAUCCUUUCGAACUUUCCAAGUCUAUCCAUGAUUCAGAUAUACUGCCUUCUCCCUCUGGGAUUUUCUGUUUGUGGUAGUGAAUUGUUGCUGAUGUAUUUCUACAUUGCUUCUUUUCUCUUUCAAGAUUUGACCAUUUAAUAUUCUGUUCGGAGAGAAAAAGAAUUUUUGUUAGAAAAGAGAUUUCAGAAAUGAUUUUGGAUCUUCUAUAAAUGUUUUUAGAGUUCUUGGGGAUAGUAGCUUUCAUCCUGGAAUAAGUUUCUACCUUGACCUGCAUGGAUUAUUUUUUCAGGCUUCGGAAUUUCUCGGCACCUACCUGUAGUGUGGGACACUUGGUUUGGUUGCAGAGUCUGAAGGUGGAAGAAUGAGCUGUAUUUGGUUAAGCAGUUCUAACCCUUUUUGAGCAGGAUUUAUAAAAGCAUAAGUGAAUGUGUUUCACCCCCGUGGAUUCCAGUGGGCCCGACAGCGCAACAGUGCCUUGGCAACUUGAUGCAUAUGGAACCAACACCAAGUGAUUUGACAUAAGAAAUACUCACGAUGUGAUGUUCAAUCUCAAACAAAGUUGGAAAUUCCAAAGAGAAGUUGUGUUAUUGCUAGUCAGAGUGAAGAUGGGAGAAAAUGACAUACCUGCAGCAGAAGUGGGCUGAAAGUUACCCUCUUCUCUGCCCAAUCAGGAAUGCCACCUGUUCUUAGGAAUAAACUUUAGAGAAAGGAAAGGCCAAAACUAUGACUUGGCUUUCUGAAACUGAAGCAUGAAUUCUCUUUUCUUCCAUUUGUCUGGAUCUGAGACCUGCAUUUGAUAUUAGCUAGUGGAAGCAGUAUGUAUGGCCAAAGUGCAUUGCGGCAGCUGGUAGCAUGAGUGGUGGCCACCAGCUGCAGCUGGCUGCCCUCUGGCCCUGGCUGCUGAUGGCUACCCUGCAGGCAGGCUUUGGACGCACUGGACUCGUAUUGGCAGCAGCGGUGGAGUCUGAAAGAUCAGCAGAACAGAAAGCUAUUAUCAGAGUGAUCCCCUUGAAAAUGGACCCCACAGGAAAACUGAAUCUCACUUUGGAAGGUGUAUUUGCUGGUGUUGCUGAAAUAACCCCAGCAGAAGGAAAAUUAAUGCAGUCUCAUCCCCUGUACCUGUGCAAUGCCAGUGAUGACGACAAUCUGGAGCCUGGAUUCAUCAGUAUUGUCAAGCUGGAGAGUCCCCGGAGGGCCCCUCGCCCCUGCCUGUCACUGGCCAGCAAGGCCCGGAUGGCUGGCGAGCGAGGAGCCAGUGCUGUCCUCUUUGACAUCACCGAGGAUCGAGCUGCUGCUGAGCAGCUGCAGCAGCCCCUGGGGCUGACGUGGCCGGUGGUGCUAAUCUGGGGUAAUGAUGCUGUGAAGCUGAUGGAGUUUGUGUACAAGAACCGGAAGGCCCAUGUGAGGAUCGAGCUGAAGGAGCCCCUGGCCUGGCCGGACUAUGAUAUGUGGAUCCUCCUGACGGUGGUGGGCACUAUCUUUGUGAUCAUCCUGGCUGCAGUGCUGCGUUUUCGAUGUCGACCCCGCCACAGCAGACCGGAUCCCCUUCAGCAGCGAACAGCCUGGGCCAUCAGCCAGCUAGCCACCAGGAGGUACCAGGCCAGCUGCAGGAGGGCUCGGGCCGAGUGGCAGGACUCAGGUAGCAGCUGCAGCUCAGCCCCUGUGUGUGCCAUCUGCCUGGAGGAAUUCUCUGAGGGGCAGGAGCUCCGGGUCAUUUCCUGCCUCCAUGAAUUCCACCGAACCUGCGUGGACCCCUGGCUGCAUCAGCAUCGGACUUGUCCGCUCUGCAUGUUCAACAUCGUAGAAGGAGAUUCAUUUUCCCACUCCCUGGGACCCUCUAGAUCUUACCAGGAACCGGGCAGGAGACUCCACCUCAUUCGCCAACAUCCUGGCCAUGCCCACUACCACCUCCCUGCUUCCUACCUGUUGGGCCCUUCUCGGAAUUCAGGAGCUCGGCCACCACAACCUAGACCUUUCCUACUAUCCCAGGAGCCAAGCAUGGGCCUUCGGCAUCAACGCCUCCCCAGAGCUGGAGCUGCACAUCUCCGAACUUUAGGCGAGCAGCAGCGCCUGGCAGUGGCCCAGCACCCCCACGCACAGGGCCGGGGGCCAAGCCGCCUCCGAUGUACCUCUCAGCAUCCCACAGCUUGUGUGGUGCCCCUGCGCAGGGCCAGGCCUCAUGACAGCAGCGGGUCUGGAGAAAGCUACUGCACAGAACGCAGUGGCUACCUAGCAGAUGGUCCAGCCAGUGAUUCCAGCUCGGGGCCCUGCCAUGGCUCUUCCAGUGACUCAGUGGUCAACUGCACGGACGUCAGCCUGCAGGGCAUCCAUGGCAGCAGUUCUACCUUCCGCAGCUCCCUGAGCAGUGACUUUGAUCCCUUGGUAUACUGCAGCCCUGAAGGGGAUCUUCACAAGGAGGGGACACAACCUAGUGUGACCUCUCGACCCCGUUCCUUGGACUCAGUGGUACCCACAGGGGAAACCCAGAUCUCUAGCCAUGUCCACUGCCACCGGCACCGGCACCAUCACUACAAAAAGCGGUUCCAGUGGCAUGGCAGGAAGCCUGGCUCAGAAACUGGGGUCUCCCAAUCCAGGCCUGCUGCUUCUCGGACACAGCCUCAGCCAGAGCUACCUUUUCCCAAUCAGCAAGUCACCAAAUCCAACCCAGCAACCCCUUCAGGACAGUUCCCCAACCCACAGCGGUCCAGGGCCCUCACAGAGCCAGCCCCUGGCCCAGCUGAAGCUGCCAAUCCAACCCCCAGUCCCAGUAGUCACUUGCAGAAAUCCAGCCUCCCCAUCCGACACACACAGAGAAAACGGCGGGGUGGUCCCUCAGAGCCCACGCCAGCCUCUCGGCCCCAGGACUUGACUGUGCACCCAGCUUGCCAGAUGUUCCCCCAUCACAACCCCAGCCUGGCAUACCCUUGGCCCCCAGAGGCCCACCCAUUGAUCUUCAGACCUCCAGGCCUGGAGAGGAGGCUGCUACCAGAAGCCCCAGGCCCUUGUUACUCAAGUUCACAGUCAGUGUGGUUGUGUCUGAAUCCACGCCAGCCUCUGGGACCACAUCCACUCGGGGAGGGGCCUUCUGAGUGGAGUUCCGACACCCCAAAGGGCAGGCCAUGCCCUUACCCACACUGUCAGGUGCUGCCAGCCCAGCCUGGCUCGGAGGAGGAGCUUGAGGAGGUGUGUGAACAGGCUGUGUGAGAUGGUCAGGCCUACCUCUGACAAGAGUGUGCUCCGAUGACUCAGGGUCCUACCAGGCACAGAGUCCUGCACCUAGGAGAAGAAAGGAUCUCAGCAAACACCUCGAUUUUUGCCAUUCUUCCUGGAACCACUGGAAGAGGAGAAGCGAUGGUGGGUGGCAGGAGGUGCUGUCUCCCGUCCUGGCUCCAGACCUUGUCUGCAGAACACACACCUGCAGCAACUCUGUGUCUCAACAGGCACCGGCUUCUGCCUGUGUGCAUCUAUGAGUUGCAUCCCUGAAGGCUGAGUGAGGAUAGGAAGCUAGGUGUGGGUAGCUAGGUGUUACAAAGGUGCUGCUCCUUCCCGCUGCCCUCCCAGGUCUCCCUUCCCCAGACCUCAUGAUCUUACUAGCCAGUGGGUUCAGCUGAAUGCGGGAUCUCUUCUUAACUUCUUCCUCCAGUGAGCUCUGCACACCAGUUCUGGCUCCUCCCUGCUAAGGCUGCAUCAGGGGCAACCUUGGCUUGAUACUGUCAUUUUCCUUCCUUGCAAAAGGACCAAGAGGAUAGGUGAGCCCUGACCCCUAGUAAGGGAGGUCUCUGCAGGCAGUGCCUGCCCUGGUACACAAAGGAGGCUGUCUCCCCCUUCUUGUCCUUUAAUUGCUCUUAAAUUGUCAGAUCCACAUGGUUAAGUCCGAGUUGGACAGAAGGCAGGGCAUAGAGUUUUGUCCUUAGGUGGGGGCAGCACCUUAACUAAGCUGGGAUGAUGCCUUUGAUCUCCAGUCUCCCUCAUUAUCCCUGUGGUCCCAGCUCCUCUGUGGGGGGGAAGCAGAGGGAGUGGGGAGGGAAUAACUUCCUUGGAGAUCUCCUGUGUCCAAGUCCAAAGGGGGCAAAAAAGAGAGACUUUCUUCUGGACUUCAGCUGGGAAGAGAGGAGAUGGAAUGAAAGUGGAAAAGGCAAAAUUACAGCUGAGCAAGGACAACAAAGUUCUUCUCUGAGAGAAGUUUUGUCUCAGGGGGAGAACAAAGGAAAAACUAAGUGCGACCCUUUGGGUUUUGCCCAGCUCCCCAGUAUAAGCCAUACAAGGCAGGCCAGGGGCCCAACUGGAAGGUGUGCCCAGAGUGGACCGGGAGCAGAAGCUGGUCUGGGAGGCCUGUAUGGAGUGGGCAAGGACUUAGGGUCUUCCUUAGGGUGACAUUCACCCCAGGGCAUCCUGAUCAUUGCUAGCCCCUCAGGCACUAUCCUUUGCCUAGAAUGUGAAUGUGGGGGCAAAGUGGGCAUAGGAUCCUACUUGGGAACCUUCUUCCCUCAAAUCAGUGGGGAGACUAGCACCCAGGCACCCACAUGGGUAUUUAUAUCUGAACCAGACAGAAAGAGGCUUGAAUCAGGCACUAUGUUGAAAAAUGUAUUUAUUUGCUAAUAUAUUUAUCCAUAAAUGCGGUCUGGACUUGUG